AUGGAAGACGAAGAUUUCGUUGAAACCGAAACUACAGUUGUAAAGUCGGGACCAUCUUUGCCAAAUUUACUUGGAGUCGUUGCUCAUGCAGUGAUCGACGAUAGAUCACACAGUAUGAUAGAGAAUUUAGCCAAACGAAAGAAAUACGUUAAACCAAUUUCGGAGAACUAUUGCGAUGACAAGGAAAGUAUCAGACGUCGGUUGAACGAAAGCGAUCGGGUAAUUUCUGAGCUGCUCAGAGAUGGUCGAGAGCUCAUUCAAGACAUUCGAGUAGCCAAUGACAAACGAGAGGUCGAGAGACGUGUUAAGGAGGCCGAAAUAAGGGAGGAACUUCUGGAGAAGUUGCAAACCGAAUCAGCUGAAGCGGUCGCCAGAUUUGAAUCUAUAUCUGAGAAAUGGUCUGAGUUAAAGGAGCUGAAGGACCCAAUGGGUAUCAAUGACGAACUGCAAUUGCAGAAAGACCGUAUUCAAGAACUCAUGAAACAAAAGGACAUCAUCAUUGAUGAAUGCCGGAAGGAACUAAAACUGGCAGAUGAACGAUACACCCGGGACUUGCAAAAGCAAACGAUGGACAUACACAGUUUGGUGGAGCGCGUCGAUAGUCAGAUUGAAAUCAUGAAGCGUGCCUUCAAGGAACAUUUGGAACUUUUGGAGAACACAAUCGAUGAAGAGAGACAUAUCUUACGAAUGGCAGCUUCGAAAAAGUGGGAUGACUUGUACUCACGACGUGCUGUUAAUGAACGCAUCAAAAUGAAACAGGAAAAGGAACGGUUGGAAUUCUACCGCGACGAAAUCGACCGCAUCGAACAGGAACACAUUGAAAUCACACGAGCAACCCGUAUUAGAUUGGAACAAGACAAUCAAGCGUUGGAAAUCGAGCUGCAAAAAGUCAAAACCAACACUACGUUGAACACGGAAAAGCUUGAUUAUAAUUUUCAAGUUUUGAAGAAACGUGAAGAUGAGAACCUGAUGGUUCGAAAUGCACAAAAAAGAAGAUUGACUAAACUGAAUGAAACCAUAUUCGUCUUGAGAAGAAAGAUCAAAGAUGUGCAGAUGAAUUGUCUGAUUGAGACGGAAAAACUUACAUCUGAUGUAAUGAAGCUACGUUUUAACAUCAGUCACAUGAGCACAAAAGUCAAUACAUUCGCUGAAGUGAAUGAUAAAAAGUAUCACUCUGUUUGGCAGAUGAACAGAAGUGAAUGUUCGGAUGUUUUGAAAAGCAUAUUGGAAAUCGAUAAAAUACUUGUUGAACAACAUUUAGGAUUGAAGUGGCAAGCACCUUGCCUACCAGAUGACCAUGCUCAGAAGCUACCCGACAAGAUGGGUUCAUUUGUUAGUGAAAGCACUCUUGUACAAUCACAAAGCAACACGUCAUUACAGGCUUUUGAAGAUUUGAAUGAGCGGAAGCAAAUAUUGGAUAUUCUGCAAAUCGUACUAAAACAGGCAGGAUUUCUUGUAGAUAAGACAGCUUUGAAGCUUAUAGAACAGCACACUGAAGAUGAUCAGAACCUCGUUUGUUUGGACAAUGUUUUCAGUGCGUUGGGAAUUUCAAAUUGGAAUGAUGUUCGAAAACUGAAAGAAAAAUUUGAAGAAGUAAUGAAAUCUCGGUAUCGUUGCACAAAUGAUUCUUUCACAAAAUCAGAUGAGUCUUGUACAUCACAGAGUGAUCAAGCUGAGGAUCAAAUUAAGGCAAUAACUGAUGGAGAUGUGAGCGAUUCGGAAAUGAGUUCAAUAUUGGUACCGUCUGAAAAAUUGCGCUCGCUUAAAAUUUUUUCCCAGCAGUUGGCCAAUGCGGAUACAACCGUACCACCAUCUAAUUAUGGAGGCCUAUCGCGGAAAAUUUCAGUAAAAGAAGUGAAGGAUUAUUGGGUCAAUUUCAAAAAUCUGUUCUCACCUGAUAGGGUGAAGGUAUGGAACACUUUGGAAGAUAAUUUGACUCAAUAUUUGAAGAUUUUAAAGGAGCGGAAAGGCUUAGAUGAAGAAUGUGAGUUUUUGAGAAAACAAAAUAUGGAAUUGCAACAUUUAAUGCAGAAAAUGCUGGCACCAAAGAAGGAUUUUAUCGAAUGAUU